GAAUCUUUUAUCUUGACGUAUGACGGAUCGCAACCUUCUUCCUGAUUCCUGAUGCUGUGUACCGCAGCGUAAUCAUGGCCGACGGUUCCACCCUUCCAGCCACGUCGGGAAAAGCAUCCAAUCGGCAUGGCUUCAUAUACAGGGUGAUCAGACGAGACGUGACGCCAGAAGAUCGAACUCGGGACAAGGGCGAUAGAAGGUACAGGACGCUACAUGCAUAUACUCGAAAUCGAAAGGAUGGGAUUGCCAGACCGGAUUCUACGUACAGCACGUACGAGGCACGUUAUCCCUUGGACAAAGUCGAUGAGGUCGAAGAAGCAGGGCUAGGUCCAGAGCCCCUUGAGCCAUGGGAAAGGCUCGUAGACGGCGCGGUUGUCGCAGCGGAUGAUGACCCGAAUAUCCCGUAUACCGAUUUCGACUCUCUAGACUCGUACGAUGAUAUACUCGAUCUGGAAAGAAUAGAAGUGCUGUCAUGUCGGAACAAGCUCGACCCCAAAAUGUUGGACUUGAUCCUGGACCCCUUGUUCAUGUCUGAAGAGGCAUGGCGAACCCAGAUAGAGAUCCGUGAGGGUAUUGUCGCCGACAUGAAGGAUGAGAACACCCCGCUAGGCAAGAUUGUCUCCUCGAUUGCAGGCUUCGAGAAUUCAGGCAGAGGAUCCGGCGCGGAACUUCGAAGCCAUCUCGUCGAGUUUGCCAAUGCGGUAGCAAUGCGCUUUGCUGGAUCACCUCAAGAAAGCACCGAGCAGCAUGGUGGUGGAACUUUCCAGUCGGGCAAUUCCUUCAGAUACUUCGGGUACGACAUGGCAAACAAGGUGUAUAUCGGUUUCCACGAUGUGGAAAGCUCUGGAUUUGAAGACGUCUCUUUCGGCGAAGUCAAGGUCAGCAUGGCAGCAGACCUGAAGGACUCCUUGCUAGGACGUGUUCUGGUGCAACUACGCAGAACACUCCAAAAACGAGAGGUUGUCGGCCGUGCUUUCUUCUUCACGCUCUGCGGCCCGGUCCUUAGAUUAUGGCAUGCCGAUUGCAUCCAAUACGGCACGUCAGCUGGCUACUCGUUCGCGAACCGCGAAGACUACGGGAAGAUCGUGGACAUCGUUGCUUUCUUGAGCGGGCCCGCCCAUUCACUAUUCGAACAAUGGAAACCUCCGCGAGCGGAUUCAGCAAUCGCCAUAAGAUCAAUAGAUGGCAAUCUGCAUCGUUACAAAGUGGUCGAGAUCGAACAGGUCUCCUUGACAAGCCAGAUCUGGGGACCAAGAACUGCGGUUUGGGUGGCUACGGUCGAGCCGCUGUCUCAAGGUUGCUUUUUACCUCCGAACGGUCAGGAAAUGCGACUGGUGAUCAAGAGCACGUGGAUCGAGAAACAUCUGCAUAGGCAUGAGCUCGAUGUUCUGCAUUGGAUACAGGACCAAAAGGAGUCGCUGGUGCCGGAACCAGAGCUUGAGCCGAACUUGCCUCUACCGAUCGGCUUCGUCCAGGGCGAGACGGAAGGCGGAAUAGACAUCCAAGAUUGGUCCGCUAGUGCUGAUCAGACACGUAUGUCCAUCAUCGCGACGUUCUCGGUGCCCGCUGUCCCGCUCGAGAAGGAUAUCGAUGUCCAUACGUUGUUCUCUAUUUACCGGAAUCUUUUCGAAACCUUGGACCUUCUGUCGCGAUGUGGAGUGCAUUACCGGGAUCUAAACACGGGCAAUAUACUACGAACCAUUGCUCACGGUCCUCAACAGUGUGUGCUAGUCGAUUUCGGACACGCUCGAAUUUUGAGAUCACGGAGAGGUCGGCUCGAGGACAUCAAGCGGCCCCCCGAGCCUUGGGAGGUCAAUCGGGAUGAUUAUCGGUCGGCGAAUGAAUACUUUAUGUGUAGGCGGAUACACAAAAUGUCGCUGCUCCUAGAACAUCACGACGCCUACGUCAAAGACUACGCAGGCCUUAAGAAGCGCAUCGAAGAGAGAAUGCUUACAGCUGAUGAGGCAGAUGUCGAGAGGUUACAAGGGCGGUUAGCAAAGAUGAACGCAAACAUCGCAUCGCAGCUUGAAGAACUCGAGAAGGCGUCGUAUAAUCAUCGCUACGUCGAUGAUUGGGAGUCUGCGAUCUACAUGAUGUUGUACCAACGUUAUAACUGCAAGGGUGUCAGAUCCGGCCUGGAAGAUUUGGAGAAGAUACAUGAGCUCGUUCGCAAGGAACGAUUCUGGUCCAAGGGCAUCAACAGAGUGAGGAUUAUGCCCUCCCUUUCACAUAUGUGUGUGAGCUGCACUGACCGUCUUGGACGAAUUGUCAGGCCUACGAAAUCAUGGCUCCCUAUGACCUCACUACAGAAGACAUCCAUCAACAGAUUGACGCCUGUCAAGUGGCUCUACUUGAAUCUGAAAACGCCAAAGAUGAUCCUAGUACGCAGCCACAGGACGCAGGACCGUCGGACGGAUGGAGGGAUCCUCGAGAAGCGCAGUGUUUCAAGACUAUUAUCAGCCAAAUGCGCGAAGCUGAACGCGAAUUUGAGGCCGAUGCAGCACGAGCUCGCUUGGCAUCGAUGAGCUUGACUGACAUCAAAGCUUAGCGGACUCCAAGCGACAACGCCUGACUGGAAUUUUCCGUCAAUCUCACGACUCAACGCAUUGUUACGCCUAUUGUCGUAUUCGUCCUAUCCGGCAACAUCGCCGUACCAUCUUUGUCUAAUGGUCAUCGGCUUCGCUAUCAGUAUUUCAGUGUAGUAACUCGGUCGAGUCGACAUAUAUGAUACAGUCUAGCAUGUCCUG